AGAGGUUAUGUCAUAACAGCUGACACUUGUUCAUUGUAAUAGGAACAAAAAUUGAACGGGAGUAAUGUCUUUGGGUAAUUUUGGAAGAAUUGCUGUUGGUUGGACUAUUUUAACUGCUGUUGGCGUCUAUUCGUUUGUGCUCUCCAAAGAAUCUGUGGAAAAACGUCGUUACGAGGACAUGCAAAUUCGUGAUCGCAUGAAAAAAGCAAAUCUUGGAGAAUACGAAUCAGUUGGCACCCGACGUUUUAACGCUUAAUUGGCAGGCAAUCA